AUGUCUCACUCUAGAAUCGAAGAAGAACUUCAUAAUACCGCACAUAUUGACUACGACCACGUUGCCAUUCAAUGGAACCCCUCGGUCGCUCAGUUAUAUGAAGAUGCCUUAAAAUAUGAGACGGGUUCUGCAAUUUCAUCCACUGGUGCCCUAGUAACCGCUUCCGGUAACAAGACUGGACGUUCUCCAAAGGAUAAACGUAUCGUUGACGAACCUGGUUCUAAUAAAGAUAUUUGGUGGGGACCUGUCAACACUAAAUUGCCAGAAAAAGUUUUCCGUAUUAAUCGUGAACGUGCUGUUGAUUAUUUAAACACCCGCAAGCGAAUUUACGUCUUUGACGGAUUUGCUGGAUGGGAUCCUAAAUACCGCAUCAAGGUCCGUGUUGUUUCAGCUCGUGCCUACCACUCCUUGUUUAUGCGAAACAUGUUAAUACGUCCUACCAAAGAAGAACUUGAAAAUUAUGGAACUCCAGAUUUCACUAUUUAUAAUGCUGGUGCUUUCCCUGCAAAUCGUUACACGUCUGGAAUGACAUCAAACACUUCGGUGGCUAUUAAUUUCCAUAUGAACGAAAUGGUCAUUUUGGGAACCGAGUAUGCUGGUGAAAUGAAAAAGGGAAUCUUUACGGUCAUGCAUUAUUAUAUGCCGGUAAAACACAAUGUUUUGUCUUUGCAUUCAUCUGCAAACGAAGGUGCCGACGGUGAUGUUUCCAUCUUCUUUGGUCUUUCCGGUACUGGCAAGACCACCCUCUCUGCGGAUCCUAAACGUUUCUUGAUCGGUGAUGAUGAACAUUGCUGGUCAGAUGAUGGUAUCUUUAACAUCGAAGGUGGAUGUUAUGCCAAAUGUAUUAAUUUGUCAGCAGAUAAAGAACCAGAGAUUUUCAAUGCCAUCCGUUUCGGUUCGGUCUUGGAAAACGUCGUGUAUGAGGAACAAACGCGUGUUGUCAACUAUGACGACGAUGCACUUACAGAAAAUACCCGAUGUGCUUAUCCAAUUGAAUUUAUCCCAAAUGCUAAAAUACCUUGUAUGUCAUCAAGUCACCCAAAAAACAUUAUCUUAUUGACUUGUGAUGCUUACGGGGUGCUUCCGCCAGUUUCAAAACUUUCUUCCGCGCAAGCCAUGUAUCACUUCAUUUCCGGAUAUACUGCCAAGAUUGCCGGUACAGAAGAAGGUGUUACAGAACCAGAAGCUACUUUCUCGGCUUGCUUCGGUCAACCUUUCCUCGUAUUACAUCCAUACCGUUACGCAAAGAUGUUGGCAGAAAAGAUGGAAUUACAUUCAGCUGAUGCUUGGUUGGUCAACACUGGAUGGAAUGGUGGUGCGUAUGGUGUUGGUGAACGCAUCAAGCUCAAGUAUUCUCGUGCCAUCAUUGAUGCUAUUCACUCGGGUGAACUCGCUGAAACUGAAUAUGAAAAUUAUGAAAUUUUCAAUUUGCAAGUUCCAAAAGCAUGUUCGGGAGUACCAUCAGAAAUUUUACAUCCAGCAAAAACGUGGAAAGGAUCUCAAGAAGAAUUUACUUCAACUCGUAAUUUAUUGGCUCAACGUUUCAUUGAAAACUUUAAAUUGUACCAAGAUCAAGCAACACAUGAAGUUGUUAAUGCUGGACCAAUUUUCUCUUAA